AUGGGGAACGAGGCGAGCAUGGAAGGGGAGGGACAGGCGGGACAGCCCGGCCCCGCCGUCCCUGCAGCGGGGGCUCCGGCUUCCAUUUCAGCACCACCGGACUCUGGACAGCUCAUCAAGCCGAGCAAUGGAGCGCCAGCCGGAGGAAGUGGGGCUGGACCCGGGCCGGGGAUUAACAGACCACCUCCGUCAGACCCGGGACCCAAGGCGGGAGUCCAGAGUGGUCAUGGGACAGGGGACAGGUUGGCCUCACAUGAUACCCCUCAGUCUGCCGCACCUCAAGGAGAUCAUCAGGGCCAGGGUCAUGUGGCCAGGAAGAGUCUGCAAGUGGAUGUGGGUAGCAGCAAGACUGGGAGGUCCCCUUCUGCGUCCCCGGACCGAGGCAGUGUCCCCACAUCUCCUUACUCUGUGCCUCAAAUUGCACCCAUGCCCAGCAGUAAACUGUGUCCUGUCUGCAAAACCGCUGACCUGAUAGGCACAGGGGACGACAGGCCCAAUGUCAACACCUGCACACAGUGCCGCUUGAUGGUGUGCAACCAGUGUGGGUUUAACCCCAACCCUCACCUUACAGAGGUGCAAGAGUGGCUAUGUCUCAACUGUCAGAUGCAGAGAGCUUUAGGGAUGGAUAUGACCACACCACGCUCCAAGAGUCAGCAGCAGAUACACUCUCCUUCUCAUGCGGCCAAACCAGAACUCAAACCUGAUGCUCUGACUCUCCCUACACAUCAGACACAGACCCCUCCUCAGACGCAGCCUCCAGCACAGGCCCAUCCUGUACCUGGCCCUACCAAACAGACUGGUCCAGCUGGCCCAGGUCAGCAACAAGUAAGACUCCCCCCGGGGGCAGUCCCUCUCCCUGGCAUUGCCAAGGCUCCAUCCCAGCCUGAUCUGUCUCGCAGCUCCCCUGCCCACCAACCCCAGCAACCCCGCCAGGACCAGACACGAAGCGCGGGGAGCUCUCCAUCACGACAGCCCCCACCUCCAGAGCAGACUUUUGGGAAGUUAUUUGGCUUUGGUGCUUCUCUCCUUAACCAAGCCAGCACUCUUAUAUCUGAGACUACUCAACCCCAACAACAGCCCCCAAAACCAGCCCCUAAACCAGGAGGACCUCCCGGUCCAGGACCUGGGGCAGGUAAACCCUCAGGACCUCAGCCUACACAUCAGGGGCCUCGAGGCCCUCCUCAGCAGCAUCAACAGCCUGCUCCUCCAGACUCCUCUAAACCUACAUCUUGUUGUCCUCUCUGUAAGACAAACCUUAAUGUAGGCAACGCAGCAGAACAACCCAACUACAACACCUGCACACAGUGCCACUCCUUAGUGUGCAACAUGUGUGGAUUCAACCCCACUCCACACCUAGUCGAGAAGAAAGAAUGGCUGUGCUUGAACUGCCAGACACAGAGGGCUCUGUCAGGAAGCUUGGGUGAUAUUCCAGGUCCUGUCGCACAACCAUUGGGAUCCCCCCGGGCACCUGCCACAGCCAAUCAACAACCACCUCAGCAGAAAGGGCCAAAUCAACUUACAGGGCCUAGGUCCACAGGUCCUGAACAACAACAGAAACCACCGGGUCCCCAAGUAAGUGGCCCUAUCUCUCCUGUGAAACAGGCUGGGCCUGCCCCUCAAACAAAGGGGCUAAGCCAAGCUUCCCCUCAAACCAAGGGUUCUGUCAAAACUCUUCCUCAACCCAAGGGUUCAACUCAGCCACCUUCUCAAACUAAGGGUCCAACACAAUCCUCAGCUCAGAGUAAGGGACCUGGUCAAAUUAAAGGUCCCAAUCAAUCACAUGCUCAAAGUAAGGGCCCGCCUCAGGCCACUAACCAAAUAAAAGGCCCAAGCCAGGCCAAAGGGCAGACUCAGACAAAGGCUCAGACUAAGGGUCCUUCUCAUGUUUCUGGUGCAAAACCUUCAUCCACCCCUGGUAAAGCAGCACCCAGUAAUGCCAAGGGGUCUCCCACCCCUUCAAAAACAGCACCCACUCAGUCUAAACCCACAGGUAACAACCAGACACGCAAACAGCCGCAGAGCCAGGACAAGACUAAGGUCACCUCUAAAUCUCUAAAAGAAGACGUCAAAGCCUCACCAAAGAAGGCAGUGUCAGAGACUGUCACUUCACCAAGAGACAUGAAGAUAGCUGAAGAUGCACAGAAGUCAAGACACCAUGAAGAUUACAACAAAUCAAGUACACAGAGUUUAAGCGACACUGGUUACUCUUCAGAUGGGAUCUCCAGCUCUCAAGGGGAGAUUACAGGCCAGAUCAGAGAAGAAGGAAUAAAGCUCAAUGAAAGAGGCACUUCCAUCCCCUCAGAAAUUAUUAAGCUAGAGAGCUCCAUGAAGCCUCUACUAGAGUCAAAGACUGCCUCAGACCAGAAGCACAGACCACAUUCACUGUCUGUUGGACAGGAACGGGAUUAUAAUCCUGAUGAUGAUGCAGCAAGGGAUGAAUCAGAGGAUGACCUCAGCUGUAAGCUUCGCCAUGAUUAUGUGGAAGAUAGCAGUGAAAGUGGUCUCUCACCAUUGCCAGUAAGACAAAAGAAGACACAUAAAGAUUUAACUGACGAGGAAUUCAUGAGGAGGCAAAUUAUGGAAAUGAGUGCUGAUGAAGAAGAGGUGGAAGAAUAUGGAAAUCAGAAAACUAAGAGGACACAUAAAACCAGUGGGGAAUUAAGCAAAGAGAGACGACGACUGUCUCACCACUCUAAUAGUUUUGAGGAUGACACCAAAGUAUCAGAGGGUGUUUAUAAGGCAAAUGAGGAAGAGGAUGUUGUAAUGGCUGGAGGCCUUCGGCGCUUUAAGACCAUUGAGCUGAAUAACACAAACAGUUAUAACCGAGAAAUGGAGCUCAGUACUGAGCAUGAUCUAAGGGAACCAGAGCUAGAGAUGGAGAGUCUGACUGGUUCUCCAGAAGAGCGGUCCAAGGGGGAAUAUUCAUCCACUCUACCUGCCACCACUCCCAGCUACACCUCUGGAACAUCCCCUACAUCUGUGUCAUCCAUGGAGGAUGACAGCGACAGCAGUCCUAGUCGAAGGGCAAGAUUAGAGGAAGCAAAGCAACAGAGGAAGGCUAGACAUCGCUCCCAUGGGCCAUUGCUGCCCACAAUUGAGGAUUCAUCAGAGGAGGAUGAGCUCAGAGAGGAGGAAGAAUUACUUAGAGAACAGGAACAGAUGAGAGAUCUAGAGCAACAGAGGAUCCGAAGUACUGCUCGAAAAACAAAGAGGGAUAAAGAAGAGCUACGGGCACAGAGACGGAGGGAAAGAUCCAAAACUCCCCCUAGUAAUCUUUCUCCAAUUGAGGAUGCAUCGCCAACAGAGGAGCUGAGACAGGCUGCUGAGAUGGAGGAGCUUCACAGAUCUUCAUGUUCUGAAUACUCACCAUCUAUGGACUCUGAAGCAGAGGGCUUUGAGAUGAUUGGUGGAAAGCUCUACAAAUCAGGAAAUGAAUAUAACCUUCCAACCUUCACAUCACUCUACUCCCCUACAGAAAAGACAGCAGCAACGUCACCAUCUGAUAAAACACUAAAAAGCGCAGAGGAGGUCUAUGAGGAGAUGAUGAAGAAAGCCCAACUCAUUCAGAGGCAAGGACAAACAGUUAAUCAGCAGAAAGGUGCCUCUCAACUUGACAGUAAACAUCAUCUUGAAGCAGGAACUGUCUUAACCCCUGGCUCAAGCCCUACCCAGGUUACUGCACCUGUUUCCUUCUCCACACCUGGGAGUGACCCAAGAAUCCCUGGAAUUCAUGCAGCACAACACCUAUCAAAAGAAACGCAAAAUAGAAUGAUGACACAGAGUGCCAAAAUUGAAGGUGUUGUUGGAGUUGCCACAACCAAAGCCCAAGUCAGUCAGACUGCCACAACUCGAAAUGCAGGCAGCACAGUGCCUGUCAGCAACAGAACAGGCUCCCAGAGGCCAACACAGGCAUCACCUGACCCUGGAGCAACCUCCUUAACCUCCAAAGUCUUCUCCCUUUUCAAAGGCCCUAGCCCCCCGGUCUCCCCCAACACUUCUCCUGCACAAAGCCCAACUCAUACGCCAUCUGUGCGACCCACAAGUGGUAGUGGCAGACAGUUGCCAUCCUUGCCUGGUGGUCAAACAUCAGCUGCAGCUUCCCAUGGAGCUCAGUUAUCUCAAAGGGCAAUUUCACCACGUCUUGCACGGCAGCAGUCCUCUUCAGAUUCACCAGUGAUGGUCAUAACUCUAGGCUCUGAAACAACUAGUCCGGCCAAGCCACUUACUGUAAAUUCUUCUACUUCCCCUUUGUCAUCACCAACACAGGUCAGCUGUAAAACCCUGUACAUCUCCCAGCCCCCUUCAACAAGUUCGCCAACUUCACCACAAAUGCAUCUAUCACAACAGUCUCCUAAACACACUUCACAGAUGAUUCAAAGUGCUGAAAAAGUAAAUGUUGGUAUUAGUACAAUGACCACAACAGCACACAGCACUUCAAUGGUUGUGGGCCAGGGCCAAACACAUCCAGGCACUAAUGUGGUUGAUCUGAGAGCCCCAAUGAGGCCUGCCCCUAUUAUAAUGACAGACCAAGGAAUGGACUUAACAUCCCUGGCCACUGAUACGAGAAGAUAUUCUUUAGGAUCAGAGCAGUCAUCUGGUCGGCACACAGCAGUGCAACCCCUUAUCAUGAAUCUGAAUGCACAAGAGCAACCACACAUAUCUGUAUCAACACCAACAACAGUUAGUGUCACAGUAGCAGGAUCUAUGUUCAUGUCCCAACCCAAGCAACCAGUAGUGUAUGGUGAUCCUUUGCAAAACCGUGUGGAUCUGGGGCAGGGUGUUGGAUCAGCUGUGUGUUUAACCCAGACUAAGCCACCAAUUACAGACCCCUCUAUUCCCAAAAUUGAUGCCUGCCUGGAGAACCUAGGUCUACAACAGCAACAACUACAGCUACAGCAGCAGAAGCUCCUGCAGCAGCAACAGCUUCUUGAGCAGCAGCUCCAGCAGCACCAACAGCAGUCCUCUUUUGCUCGUUACAAUUUAGCUAAUCAGGUCCAGCCAUUGCUGAUGAAAAAGGAUCUUGUAGUGAGCCACACAAGCAGUGCCCAGCCUGUAGGGACUGCUAGCACCAUUCCUAGAGUUUCCCCCCUAGCUCCACAAUCAGUACCUGGAGCUCCUGCUUCUAGUGAAAUAUAUGGUGGAGUUGCCUUAGAGCUACAAAACAAGCCCACAGUAAUGAACUUGUCCACAGGUAAGCCCCAUGUUAUGAUGGUGCAACUUGAUGAGAGCAAGACAUCCCAGGCAGGCACAGUGACUCAGUUGGUGAAGCAAGAGGAACCCCCACCCCCUCCUCAGGUCUUGGAUCUCACUGGACAGAUCAAACCAGAAAACCAAGUGGCUUGUUGUGAUGUUGUUUACAAAUUGCCCUUUGCUGGUUCGUGUUCAGGGUCAUUCACUCAGAAGCCUACAACGGUAUCCUCAGAUAAAACCCCCACCUCCGAAACCACUCAAGCAACGCGUUCUCCCCAUCCAUCUACCUACAAUGUCAGCCAACAGCAACAGCAGCAGCAGCAGCCUCACGCAACACAGGGUGUAACAGAGGAACAGAAACCAUAUCAACCACCUGUAGUCCCCUCAGGAAUAAUACAGCCCUCCAUGUCUGACACUAAUCUGCCUUCCAAGAAUGAAGCCAGUCAGUAUCAGAGUAAUGUCCAGGGUGGUCUAGCAGUAGAUCUUAGCAGCAUGAAUCAGGCUUAUGAUACUGGAUACCUGGGCAUGGGAGCACAGUAUGGAUCUUAUACAGACUUGCGUCACCAAGGAGAUAUUGCAGGCCCCUCAUUACCCCUACGCCGAUAUGGCUCCAUGUCCAAUAUCAAUGCUGACUAUGGCUUAACAGGAUCACAGGACUCCAAUCUGGCUCAGUACAGUGCAACCACUGCCAGGGAGAUCAGUCGAAUGUGUGCAGCUCUUAACUCAGCGGACCAGUUUGGGAGCCGGUAUGGAAAUAACCCUGAACUGGUGCCUUAUGCUGGAAGGGGCGGGCCAUUAGGUAGGCUAAACCUCCAGCAAAGCUUAGCUUCAAUAAGAGCAAACCUACUUUAUGGCCCAGAUGGAAGACCAACGGCAAAUGGCCAGACCCUAACAAACCUAAUAAAUGCUAGACAAGCAAGUAUACGCGCCUUGUACCCUGCUGCUAUGAGAGGAGGUGAUGGCAUGAUAUAUUCUACCAUUAACACUCCCAUAGCCUCUACCUUGCCAAUUACCACCCAGCCUGCCUCUGUCCUACGUCCCAUGCCUAGAGGCAUUUACAGACCAUACCCUACAGGUGUAACUGCUGUACCAUUGGCAAGCCUCACCAGGUUGCCUCAAGUGGCUCCCAGAAUGCCUCUGUCCACACAAGGUCCAUAUUCCUACCCUUCUCCAAACCAGUAUCCUACUUCAGCCACACCCUCAGGCAGUGUGCCUGCUGCAAGUAGCUCACACCAGGAAACCCCUGUGUACCUUGGAAAGCCUUUAACAACAGUUGCUGCACAAACAGCUACAACUAUUCCACCAACCCAAUCUGCAGCACACACAGGAGCACAAAAUGCAUCAGUACCUGGUAUGCAAACUACAGGAGAUCAACAGACAGACCGAACUCAACUUACCUUGCAGAGUGUUCCAUCCAUCUCUCAAGCUCAAGGACAACCUCAAACUGUCCAGCCAGUGCAAGCCCAAAUGCAGCCACAGCAGUUACCUACUCAAACUGAGCCUUUAUCUUUGACUCAAACCCAACCUCAAGUUCAACCCAUCAGUCAACCUCAACCAUUAGUUUUGCAACAGGGCCAACCACAAGCAGCACCCCACGUUACUGUCCUAGCACAAAAUUCCAAACUUUCUCCUCCCAUGGAUGCACAGAAAGGUAAGGAAGAUGAGAGACUUAGUCAGCAACAAGAACACGUGCUGCAGCUAGAGCGAGAGCGGGUUGAACUGGAGAAAUUACGACAACUGCGCCUACACGAGGAACUUGAAAGAGAUCGUAUGGAACUUCAGCGACACAGAGAAAAAGAACAACUAAUUGUUCAGCGUGAGAUUCAUGAACUGCAGUCAAUCAAACAGCAAGUCCUUCAUCAGCAGCAAGCAGAACGGGAGACACAGCUCAUUAUGCAAAGAGAACAACUGGCCCAGCAGAGAAUGCAGCUUGAACAAAUUCAGUCUCUGCAACAACAGCUUCAGCAGCAGUUGGAGGAGCAGAAAAGGCAGAAGACAGCGGCAGUGGAGGCAGCAGCUGCUGCUGCAGUGGCAGAGGCAGCUGCAGCAUCGGCCGCAGCGGCCGCAGCAGCAACAUCUGCCCAGGGUACUUUACAAGGGGUAGUUGUUGGAGGAGGACCCCCUCAAGGCUUUAUUAUCUGUGACCAGAGUGGUAGAGUUAUUCAACAAGAUGGACAGAGUGUUCAGUUUUGGCAGGAUGGCCAAGUGGUCCAAGCCGUGGUGGCUGCUCGACCUAUUCAUAGUUCUGCCUCUGAAAUGUCUUUGAGAAGUAGUGACAAACAGGCUGAUUCCAAGGUUAUGAAAAAGCAGAAUUCUAUGCCUCGCCUGAGGGAUGGCUCAGAGGAUGACUCUGUGAAGAGGAUUACAGACAGUUGUGUGCAAACAGACGAUGAAGAUGGAGAGGACAGAUUCAUGAACAGACGCAGGAGAACGAGGCGUAUUGCAGACUGUAGCGUGCAGACUGAUGAGGAGGACCAAGCAGAAUGGGACCAGCAGCCAGUAAGGCGCAGACGAUCACGUGUGUCAAAGCACUCUGAAUCCAGUGGAGAGACUAAAUCAGAAGGGUCAUCUAAAGUUGUUUCUGCAAGUAUAGCUAUUCAGACCACAAAUGAUUCAUCAUGUCAAACAGAGUCUGACCAACUAGGCAGGGUUUCACCUGCGAUCCAUAUUACAAUGGCAGAGACUUCAAAGGUUGACCUGUUACAUUACAUAGCAGCCCCUGAAAGGACCCACAAAGGGGAGAGUUUGGCCUGCCAGACAGAACCAGAGUCUCAGUCUCAGGGUGUCGUUGCCCCUCAGCUGAGUGUCCCUACAACUAUCAGUCCAUACUCCACAAGUCUGCAUAUAGUAGGUGCAAACACAUCUGAUCCAACCUCUCCUAGACUCCAAGGAGUUGCUAAGUUUGAGAGGAGGAAACCAGACCCCCUGGAAAUUGGCUAUCAGCAACAAAAUGAGUCUCAAUCUCGCCAGCCACCCAAAUCUCCUCAAGUUUUAUACUCUCCAGUAUCACCAUUGUCUCCUCAUCGCAUGUUGGAAACAACGUUUGCCUCCCAGGAGAAGCUCAACAAGGCCCAUGUUACACCCCAGCAGAAGGCCUUCACUGCUGAAUCACCCCAACGCCACCAGACCCUACCAAGACCAAUAAAAAGUGUGCAGCGCUCCAUGUCCGAUCCCAAGCCUCUCAGCCCCACAUCCGAGGACCCUGCCAAGAACAGGUUCUCCCCAUAUCAUCAGCAAGCUUUGUCCAACAGUCAGAUGGCCUCCCUGCAGCAGCAGCAGAACUCUCUGAUGAGGAAAGUAAAGAGGACUCUCCCCAGCCCCCCUCCAGAGGAGACUCCACUCCCCAUUGUUACUCCAGCACAAAUGUACAGCUCUCCUGGCAUGCCCCAGAGGGUCCUACCCAGACCUGCGCAGGGAGUCACCAAGGCUGGUCUGCUGAGUGAACUGAAAGCUGUGGAACAAGAGUCAUCUAAGCUCCGCAAGCAGCAAGCCGAACUGGAGGAGGAAGAGAAAGAGAUUGACGCUAAGUUGCGUUACUUGGAAUUAGGUAUCACCCAACGUAAGGAGACCAUGGUGAAGGAGAGGGAGAGGAGAGAGCUGGCUUACCUGCGAUGUAUGGGUGAUGCUAGAGACUACAUGUCAGACAGUGAGCUCAAUAACCUCAGGAUGGCAGCUGCCACAGCAACCUUUGAUGCUAAUGGUCUGCUGACAAGGCCCAGCACUGCACCGCUGAGUCAGUUUACUAAUGACCUCAAUGCAACCUCCCAGUACCCUUCAACUUCAUCCUACAUGUCCUAUCCAUACCCUCAAAGUCAACCAUCAACGCAGCAGCCUGGCUCUGCCUACCAACAGAUAGGUUUCCAACCUCCUCAGUACCCUUCAUCCUCUGCACCUCAGCCAGGAACAUUCCAGCCCCAUCCUCCACCAGGCCCUGGCUACCAGAACCAAGGAACCUAUUCCUCCCGUAUGUAUACCCAGUCCUCCUACCAGACAGACCUUGGCAUGCAGCAGCAUGGUCACCAGGGCUUCCAACCACCCGGGCAGCCUAUGCCAGGCCAGAGCCUCCCUUACCCCACCCACAGCUCCUACCAACCCGGCCUGUCCUACCAGCCCCAGGCAGAUAUCCUUACAGUCCACCAAAGACCACGGCAAACCUCUUUGGCUGAUCUUGAGCAGAAACUCCCCACCAACUAUGAGGUAAUCAGCAAUCCAGCAGUGUCAGUAGCCACAUCAGCUCCAGAUACUAACUUUGGCUCAGUUUAUAGCAAUGCUUAUGGACAAUACCGCCCCCCUGAGCCUGGCUUGACUCACUCUGUAGACAGCCCCACAUCUGCUUAUGCCACAGAUGGACUAUACACCUCUAACUUGGAGCAGAAUAUUCCUCGGAACUAUGUCAUGAUAGAUGACAUCAGUGAGCUGACAAAAGACAAUAUUAGCCAAUCUACUGAUGCUCUAGGUCAUCCUGUGGGAGGGCGGUAUCGUAAUGAGAAUGGUCCUGCACGUGGCAGUGCCUAUGGUAGGCCUGAAGAUGAGCCUGUGGAUGCUUAUGGCAGACCUACAGGCACAACAGGUUACCAGAGCACAGUGGACAGUCGCACCAGCACCACAGUGAGCGGAGGGUCUUCUUAUUACUAUGAUGAUUAUAAACACACAUCAAGGAGCAGCUCCAGUAGCCACAAACAUCUUGCCCCUGCUGUUGUCUCCUCUAAACGUAGUAAGCACCGGAAGCAGGGAAUGGAGCAGAAGAUAUCUAAAUUCUCCCCUAUUGAAGAAGCACGGGACGUGGAGUCGGACCUUGCCUCUUACACCAUGGCAACAUCAACAGGGGGUAGUUGUACAGUUGUAUCCAGGUCCAAGAAGCUUCAGGAUGAUGUCACAUAUGGUAUGAAGAAGAAUGCAUAUGACCAACAGAAAUAUUACGGCACAAGUCGUGAGGGUCUUGAGGAUGAGGAUCGCAUGUACAGUUCUGGUAGGUCCAGGUCUACUGGAUAUGGUAUGGACAAGAUUUCAUCCAGAGAUGGUACAGGCCACAGGAGUAAAUCCUAUGAAAGGGAUGCCAUGGAACGGUCUCAGAGAAGCAGUCGCAGUGGAAGGCCACCCAUGCGCAGCCAGAAUUCAGAGGAGGAGAGCCCACUCAGUCCUGUUGGAAAGCCUGUUGGCAUGGGUAGAGGCUCUGGAGUGUCAGAUGCCCAUGAUGUGAGGAACCAGUAUGGCUCCAGCCAUUCUCUGCCAGAUGUGCAGGACCACCACAAGAAGGAUCUCCCCAGGAGUCAUGUCUAUAAGCCAGAUGACCCUUACCUUGUAGACGACAUGCAUUGUGCUGUUUCUGACAGUGAAGCCUAUCAUUUGGGCCAAGAGGAGACUGACUGGUUUGAGAAGCCACGGGAGGCCCGUUCUGAACGCUCAAGACAUCAUGUAAGUGGAAGUCACUCAUCUACAAAUAGGCGUAGUAAACACACCUACCAUGACUAUGAUGAACCUCCAGAGGAAUAUGGUCCCCAGGAUGAGUACAACCAACAGCGCCACUCCUCCUCCACAUCAUCAAGGGACCAUCGUCACCAUGGCAGCAGCUCUGGAAGACACAGCUCUUCCCGCCACUCUUCAGAGGAUCCCAGGUCCCGUACUUCCAGGACACACCCCAAAGACCCAUCUGGCCGUACUGAAGGCAGGGGAGCCUCGUCUACACAGAGGAGGAGUGGUCCAGACUCCCGUUCUGCACAAGGAAGCCCUCGGAACUCGGGAGACUUCUCUCGUGAAUCAGCGUCUGGUCAUCACCAUGGCAGUGGGGGAAGGAGCCAAAGACCACAAGGAGAUCGCUCAACCCAAAGGAGGCAAGACCCUUCUGCUGCAGGACCUAAACCGCAGCAACAGCAGCCUCCUCAGGGCCAUGCUGGGCAGCAGCGGUCGGGUGGUCAGAGCCACUCUGGGAGACAUCCAAGCUCUGAACCACUUGAUGGCUCUCCGCAGGCCCAGCAGCAGCAGCAGCAACAGCAGCAGCAACAACAGCAACAGCAGCAGCAGAGUGCACAGCAGCAGCAGCAACCACUGCAGCACAGUCAGACCCCUCAGAGCAGCCAGCCCACAACAACCACUGCAGGAGUUGGACCUGCACAACAGCAGCCCAAAACUGGCCAAACUCCACCACAGAGUCGCCAGCCAGGAGUGGGGUCUGCAGGAGGGCAGCCAGCAGCCACAGCUAAAAUGGAUGCUACACCUGCAGCAGCUGCCACAGGAAUGAAACCUACAAUGAGUGUCCCAACAGUACCUCAGUCUACCAAAACAGCUACACCUCCUCUAACAGGCAUUGGCUCCAAAGCCGCCCCUGUUGGGAUCGGUAGUAAACCUGGAGGUAUAGGUAGUGCUGCAGCAGGACAGGCACCUGCUGAAGGGGAAAAUGUUCUCACCAAAAUCCUGCAAGGAGGGGCAGCAGAGCAGGCAGGAAAACUGGGAGAUGCUUUGUCUGGCCUUGGGAAGAAGUUCACUUCAUUUUGGUGA